AUGACCGAGGGAACAAGGCGCAGUGAACGCAUUCGUCGCAUCCAAUUGGAGAGAUCCAUGGCCUCCGAAGCGAACCCGAAUCCUGCAGGUCAAGGGACCCGUGCCCUCUUCGUUGUGGCUAAUUUUGCGCCACCUCCUCGUCAAAGGCGUUCCAGACGUUUCGUACCCCAGCUGGAAAUUAUCUCCGAUCCUGAGCACACAAAUCGCACCAUCUUCAUGCCGCUGCACUUGUCCAACCGCCGGAAUAGGAAUCAAAUGAUAAGAUCCGUCCUGUUGCCUGUACCAGAGAAUCCGCCUUCUGCGCCUCAACGCGUUCGGUACAUUUCUGUAGCAAACUGGAGCUUUAACAACAACACCACGUUGGAAAACCGUGGAGUACUCUUGAUGGUCAUGCUCGUAGACCCUUCGCUGGAUACCGAAAUGCGCCGCCAUCGUAGUAUAGUGAUUUCCACCAUCCAACGCAUUGCCGCCUACUUCCUGUUCUAA